AUGAAUAGGUAUGGUGACAGUGGGUCUCCCUAUGGAACUCCACGCUGCGCUAAUCCCUCGCCCCCGCCCCCGCCCCCGCCCUCGCCCCCGCCCCCGCCCCCGCCCCCGCCCCCGCCCCCGCCCCGCCCCCGCCCCCGCCCCCGCCCUCGCCCUCGCCCUCGGCCCCCUCGCCCUCGCCCUCGCUCUCGCCCUCGCCCUCGCCCUCGCCCUCGCCGCCCUCGCCCUCGCCCUCGCCCUCGCCCUCGCCCUCGCCCUCGCCCUCGCCGCCCUCGCCCUCGCCCUCGCCCUCGCCCUCGCCCUCGCCCCCCUCGCCCUCGCCCUCGCCCUCGCCCUCGCCCUCGCUCCCUCGCCCUCGCCGCUUCCAUGGGAAUUUGCCCUAUUGGAUCCAUAUCACUAGGGAAGGGGGGAUUUGGAGCCAAUUUUCAAAAUUCAAAGUCCACUAUUGGUGGGGAUAAGGUAGGAUUUGAGGGAGUUAAUGUAGGGAAGGAUAAGGCAGUUUCCUUUUCAGGUUCUACUUCCAAAGAUAAGGAGUCUGAAAUGAGGGAGAAUGGGGAAGGGCUGACAACUACUGAUACGAAGAGAAGGCGUAUGGGCCUGGACGAGCCCAGUUUGCAUGAGCAUGAGGAGAUAUUUGGGUCAGCUUCAACAAAUUCUAAUUUACCAGCGGUGGGUCCUGUUGAUCAGGCUUGCCGACAACAAUGA